CAAGAUCCUAAUGAUACUCAACGUAAGUAUAUUCCGGCAAAAUGUCAGCACAGGGCCCCAUCGCCGACCUAAUAACUACCUAUCACGAACUCAAUGCCACUAUAAUUGAUGAAUUCCAUGAAGAGCCAUCCGCACUUGAAUUCAUGCGCUAUGUCGCUAAAAAUAGACCGUUCGUCGUCCGGAGCGGUGCCAAAUCCUGGAAAGCCUAUAAAGAAUGGAACGCAGAGUAUCUGGCCAAAGUCAUGAAAGACAAAGACGUGCAGGUUGCUGUGACUCCAUAUGGCAACGCAGACGGAGUAGUCGAGACAGAAGACGGCACCCUCCUCGCCGUCGAGCCACACCAAAUGCAAGAAAACUUCCUCGACUUCAUGCAUUAUGUCCAAGCAGACAGCUCAAUCCCUCCUCCCUCACCACCUGAAAUCCGCAAUGUGAAAUACGGUCAAACUCAAAAUGACAACCUCCGCUCUGAAUACUCCACCCUCUUCGCCGAUGUGCCGCAAGACAUCCCCUGGGCGCGAAUCGCCCUCCAACAACCUCCCGAUGCCAUAAACUUCUGGCUAGGGAAUGCCCGCAGUGUAACAGCCAUGCACAAAGACAACUAUGAGAAUGUGUAUGUGCAAAUAAGAGGGCAGAAACACUUUGUGCUCCUCCCUCCAAUUGAAAUGCCAUGCGCGAAUGAACAGUUUCUCACUCAGCACCACUACACGCCUGUCAGCGCCCAGGACAGCGAGACUCUCCAGGUAAAACCGCAGAUUAAUCCAGAGCCUAUUCCUGUUGCAAUUUGGGAUCCGGAGGUUCCAAGUGAGAGGACGUCGGAAUACUCGCAUUUGAGCAAGCCGUUGUCCUUGACGCUGAAUGAGGGAGAUAUGCUUUAUCUGCCGGCGAUGUGGUAUCAUAAAGUCAAGCAGAGCAGUGGGGAGGAAGGGUUUGCCUGUGCAGUGAAUUAUUGGUAUGAUAUGAGUUUUGAGGGUGCUUUUUGGGCGCAGAAUUCGUUUGUGAGGGAUGUGGUUUUGGAGGGUAGGAGGCGGGUGGGGUAUCCUAAUUUAGAGAUUGGAGAGAAGAACAAAGAGGUAAUUUAGAGGGGAAAGGGUGUAUAUGCGUCUGAAAGGG